AACUAUGUGGAUGUUUUCUUGGCCUUGGGCCAACCUGAUGAUUUUAGUUGUUGCUGUGAUAGGCUUAUUGGCCAAGACCACACCAUCGACAAAGUUUACCAAGAAACCUCCUGGAAAAGAUGUCCCAAAGGGUUUUAAGCCAUCCACUCCCCCUCCUACCAAAGAAGAAAAAGUCACAGAAGCAGCUGAGAGGGAGGAGAUGACCACAGAGCCUCCAAUGAUGACCUCCGCCUUCCCUCCAGUGGCCACCAUCUUUCCUUUUGAUAACUUCACUCUGGAUACAGAAGAUUUCUUUUUUAAUUGCUGUGAUUGCUGCUUGCCUGCCCCUGGGCCAAAAGGAGAACCAGGGGAGCCUGGAAGGCCAGGUCCCAAGGGAGAGACUGGUGACUUAGGGAGUCCAGGUCUUCCAGGAAUCAUUGGGCCACCAGGUGCAAAGGGCCACAAAGGUGAAAAGGGAGACAAAGGAGAGCAUGGUGAUCAAGGAGUAAAUGGAGCUCCAGGAUAUCCUGGGAAACCUGGAGAACAAGGUGGACUUGGUCCUAAAGGCGAUAAAGGGAAUAUUGGACAGGCUGGAGUAAAAGGGCAAAAAGGGUCCAAAGGGGACACCUGUGAAAAUGGCACCAAGGGAGAUAAAGGAGAUAGUGGGGACAUGGGGCUACCAGGCUUAAAUGGAGAAACCGGAGCCAAGGGUGAAAAGGGGGAGAUAGGUAAUAAGGGAUUCUGUAGAGAUUCUGGAGAAAGAGGAGGAAAAGGGCAAAAGGGCGAAGCAGGAAUGAAGGGAGAAAAAGGCAGCAAAGGAGAAGUCGGAGGAGAAGGGUCCAGGGGCUUAGAUGGCCAACACGGAAUGCCGGGUGAACCAGGUGUUAAAGGGGAAAAGGGUGAUCUAGGAUCUCCAGGUCUUAUUGGGCCUGCUGGACCAAAGGGAGAUCUUGGAAGCAAAGGGAUCCGAGGGACUGUUGGAAAAAAGGGUUCUCGGGGGCUCAAGGGAGCAAAGGGGGAAUGUGCAAGUGUUAAGAGAUCGGCAUUCAGUGCAGGUCUGUCUAAGCCUUUCCCUGCUCCUAACACGCCUAUCAAGUUUGACAAGAUUCUCUAUAAUGAUCAAGGGGAUUACAACCCAACCAGUGGGAAAUUCAACUGUAGCGUCCCAGGAGUUUAUGUCUUUGCUUAUCAUUUCACUGUGAGAGGCAGGCCUGCUCGGAUCAGUCUCGUAGCACAAAACAAGAAGCAGGUCAAGUCUCGGGAAACACUUUACGGCCAAGAAAUCGAUCAGGCAUCUUUCCUAACCCUUCUCAAGCUAAAUGCGGGAGACCAAGUCUGGCUGGAAGUUGGACGAGAUGGGAAUGGCGUGUAUGUCAGUAGUGAGGAUGACAGUGUUUUUACAGGGUUCCUAUUGUACCCAGAAGACAUCACUGCUUUUUCACCAUAGAUAUGCUUUCAACAAUAUCAAUAUAAAAUGAAUUUAGUGAUAAAGCAAGGCUACAUGGAUUCACAAUAUUUUUAUAAGACUGUAUUUAUGAGAUGUGUAAGAAAUAGGUUGAUGCUGAAUAAAUCUCUCCUAGGCCUUUCUAAAUAUGUGUAAUUUCUUUCUAUGUACCCAGGAGCAGUGAACACUCAUAUCUAGGGGGAGAAAUGUAUUUGAAAGAGGCUUCUGAGUCUUACCGCUGGAAAGAUUUGCCAUAUAAUUAAACAUAAAAAAGUGAAAUGUAAUGUCACAUUAGUUUAAUUUGGAGAGCAAUUAACUAGCUAUGAUUGCCAGGACUAGCUAAACCAUCUCUGAAAAAAUUUUUAAUGGUGCUUAAUGGUUGUGGAAGUGCUCGCUUGAGCAAACAUGUAUUAUCUGGCUUCCUUUUGGGAAGAAAUGUGAACUAAAAUUUCCUAGAUUGGGCUCAAUCACAGCAAAAAUUUAUGCAUUUAUUAAGCUGUCACAUUAAAAAAUAAAUUUCCAUGAAAGAAGCAAGAGUAAAAUAAAGAGAA